CUGUCAAAUCACAACGGCAGUGACGCAGAGGCGGAGGAUUUACAUAAAGUCCUCCGAGGACUCUUUUUAACGUCUAAAAGUGUCGGUAUUCGCGGUAAACCGGCGGGGAGAUACGUUAACGUCGCCAUUAUGAGACGUUGCGAUAGUUUACUAACGUCUGCCGGAUGUUUGGAGUAAACAAAAACAAACAAAAACAACAAAAAGUCGUUUUUUUCUUCAGCUCGGAGGCGCACGGGACCAGCCGAGGACUGCACGGGGAUUUUAACGACUCAUUCACAACUUUAUCCGGUCGGUUCGGGAAACACGUUCGGACCGGUUAACGUGGGCCACAUUUAACCCGGGAUUAAAGCCACUUCACUGGACUCGGUUCGCUCGGUUGUUCAACAUGCUGGCGACGAACACGGCGCUUUACGCGGCCAAGAAACGGAAGAAACCGGUCCAGAAAAUUCCCAAACCACCACCUCCCGAUGGCACUAAGUCCAACCCCUCCAAACGCCACAGAGACCGCCUCAAUGGCGAGCUGGACAAGCUCACCAGCCUGCUGCCCUUCACCGAGGAGGUCCGGGCUCGGCUGGACAAGCUGUCCGUGCUCCGCCUCAGCGUCGGAUACCUGAAGGUCAAGAGCUUCUUCAACGCCACCAUGAAGAAGGGCCAGAACGGCUCCAGCUGGACCAGCGAGCGGAGCCGGAUGUUCGGGGGGAACGUCCAGAACGCGCUGCCUUCGUCCUCCACCACCUCCACUCCCUCCUCCUCCUCCUCCCCGGCCUCCGCCUCCCAGGUGACCUCCAUCGACGGAGUCAGCUUCUCUGAGGGAGACCUGCUGCUUCAGGCGCUGAACGGCUUCGUGUUGGUGGUGACGGCCGAAGGCUACGUCUUCUACACAUCCCCCACCAUCCAGGACUUCCUUGGCUUCCACCAGUCAGACGUCGUCCAUCAGAGCGUGUUUGAGCUGAUCCACACAGACGACCGAGCUCUGUUCAGACGGCAGCUUCACUUCGCUCUCAACCCAAAUCACAGCCACAAAGACGGCAGCGUGGAGAGUCCCAGUGAUCAGAGCUCUGCAGAGGUCACCAGCAACGUGAUGACCUACGACCCGCUGGCCGUCCCUCCAGAAAACUCGUCCUUCCUGGAGAGAAACUUCUGCUGUCGUUUCCGCUGCCUGCUCGACAACUCUUCGGGCUUCCUGGCCCUGAACUUUCGCGGCCGGCUGAAGUUCAUCCACGGUCAGAACCGGCUGUCAGAGGACGGGACGUUGGUUCCCCCGCAGCUCGCUCUGUUCUCCAUCGCCACGCCGAUGCAGCCGCCGUCCAUCCUAGAGAUCCGCACCAAGACGCUCAUCUUCCAGACCAAACACAAGCUGGACUUCACUCCCAUGGGCAUCGACACGAGAGGGAAGGUGGUUCUGGGCUACAAUGAGAUAGAGCUCUGUAUGAAAGGCUCAGGCUACAACUUCAUCCACGCUGCAGACAUGAUGUACUGCGCCGACAACCACAUCAGAAUGAUAAAAACAGGAGAAAGUGGUUUCACCGUCUUCAGGCUGCUGACCAAAACCGGGAAGUGGGUCUGGGUCCAGGCCAACGCCAGACUGGUCUUUAAAGGAGGGAAACCAGACUUCAUCGUGGCCCGGCAGAAAGCUCUGACAAAUGAAGAAGGAGAAGAACAGCUGCGCCUCCGUCGGCUGCAGUUGCCGUUCAACUUUGCCACCGGGGAGGCGAUGCUGUACGAUGUAACUCCGACCAUCGACGUCCCAGACUCGUGCUCCGCCCCCAAGCAGAGGAAGUUGGACACCUACUCCGUCAGCCCCAACUCCAUACUGGGCUGCAUGCUGAAUCAGGACCAGUCGCUCUACUGUGAACACAACAAUGCCAACACCCUCAACUCCCUCAACGACGUCGCCUUCAAGGACAGCCACGCUACAGUCAACGUUCCUGGAGAUCCUUGGGUGGACACUUCGCCCAAACCCGGUGUGGGAAGCCUGGUGAAGUCCGAGGCCACAGUUCAGGACAUGAUGGACACCCUGCAGCAGAUCCUCGGAGACAACGAGCUCACCGAAGCCCUGGACGUGGGGCCGGACGAGCUGAAGAGCUGGGAGAGUACCCUGCUGAAGAUGAGCACCAACAGCGCCGAGAUAAGCGAAGACCUGAACGACAUUCUCAGCAACGACAUCCUGUCUUAUGUGGAGGAGCAACUCCAGAGGGAGGGCGGCCUCAAGUUGCCAGAUCAGUUGGAUGACAUACCACCCUGCCUCUCCAUGCUGGACCUUCAGAACCAGAAUCCUGACCACGGUGGAGAGCAGGACUUCGGCUGGCCUCUGGAGCCCGAAAAUCAGCUGAUACCAAACGGAGGGCAGAUGAUAGCAAGACAGCUGACUGUCCUGGGGAUGAUGAAACUGAGCCACAUGGAUGUUCCUCAGUUGGGUUCUUCGGGUCUAAACGGGCCGACCCUUCAGCAGAUUGUCUCACAGCAAUCUGUUGGUCUUCAGCUGGGCAACACAGGCAACACUGGUGCUCCAGUUACCUUCAACCCUACCAUGGCGGACUCUUGCAUCCAAACCCAGAACCAACUGAGAACCUUACAAGUCACUGCCAAGGACAACAACCUCGGAGCGUUCUCGCUCGGGCAAACUUCAACCAAUCAGAUUCAACCCAACCAAAUGGCUCAACUGACGCAGAACCACCUUCAGAUGAGGAUGCCCAACCAGCCACUCUGCCUCCAGGACCAAAGUGUAAAUCCCAUCUUCAACUUUCAGGGCAACCAGUGGACUUCUGCGGUCCCCAACUCAAACCAAGCCAACAACUUUGUAGAAACUUUCCCCCAAAAUAUUUCAAACGAACCAGGUUAUACUGCAGAUCCUUCCUCAUCCAGCUGCCUACAAGGCCACUUAGCACUUCAGACCCAAAACAACAACACUCAGAGACCGUCCUGGCCGCAGCAGCAGCAAAUGAUCUCAAGUGAACACCAACAAGUGGGCGCCUGCCUCAACCAAAUGUCAGGAUUUCAGAGGAAUCCCGUUUCUGGUGCCGUUGUGGCCCAGACCUCUGUCAACGGCAGGCCGAUGUUCAGGACUCCCGACACUUCAAAUGUACCAUUUCCUGUGCAGCAGAGCAUCGCGCCGCCUCUGGCUCCUUCUAGCAGUUGUAUGUUCAGAAAUGCCCCGCCCUCUGUGCCUGUAAAUGGCGUGCACCUCAGUCAGCCGCCCUCCUGCCAAAGACUGAACGGCACCAGCAGCCAGAUUCCCUCCAAGUCCUCCUGUUUCUAUCAGAGUCUCCCCGGAGGCGGAUCUGUGCCGGGGCUGACGGCUAUCCCGAAUCCUGAUGAGGCAGCGCUGUCCUGCCAAAUAGCCACUGGUCUCGACUCUGAAGGCCUGUUGGUGCAACAACAGCAGUACUUAAACUUCGGUGAACAGACGCAGAUCAACAGCCGUCCAGUCGUAGGGAACGGAGGUUUCCCCUUCUCCUCGCUGCCCAAUGGGAACGCAUACUACUCAGAGAACAAAUAGGAAUCUGUGACUGUGACUUCCGGACGGCAGCGGAUCCCAAAUCGGACUGAAACAGCAGUUUAAAAGAAGCAGAAGACUCCUGUCUCUAAACAUAAAAGUGGAUUAGACUGAAGAAUGCCCGAGAAGGACAAGGAGACGAAACAGGACGCUUUGUUUUUUUCUUCUUAUUCGGACAAGGUGAUGAAAGCUUUAAGAGUUCAAGUGUUUGGUUCAGGACGGCUGUUGGAGGAAGAGAAGAGCUGGUUGGAUUGUACCAAAAGAACAAUAACAGAUGAACGAAAUCAGUGAUUUGUUUUGUGAAAUCAAGUUUGAGAAACUCUAACACAAGUAAGUCUGGCAAAGUGAGUUUGUUCGUGAUGUUUUUUUUGCCACGUUGAUAGAUGAAAGUUUAAAUCAUGCAACAGCACUGUCCCUCUUUUUCCCAUGAUUGCAUUCGUGCAUCAGACAAGUAGCUAUUAUUCAUCUGUUUAUAAGUAUUUAGAUGUAUGGGAAUCAAAAAGGCUUUAUGGACUACACGAGAGACCGUCCCGGAUGUUUCCCCUGUGCGCUUCUCUUUAUCGGAGGUGAGGAAGUGAACCGGCUCAGUCCACAUCCUCGACGUCUUGUAAAAGCAGCUCAUUCUGUAUCCAAACACUUCCGACAAAGCCUAAAUCUCGGUCCACACAGGCGACAGUAAGGUGAAUUUUGGAGGAUUUAUAGAGAGUGAAGAUGAUUUGAUGGAAAGACACGUGGAUGAUCGUGUUAUUGAGCGGUUCUACGAGCUUAGACAGAUCACACAUCCUCUUUAAGUCUUGAAGGAUGUGGACUGAAGUGGUUUGGUGAAUCCUGGUCUGGUUCUCACCUCUGAGCCGUUCAGGGGGAAGCAUCCACAACCGUCUCCUCCGCAGUGGACUGAUCACCGAGACCGUCAAUCCUCUGCCGUCACGGACCCACAAACACGCACUCUACUCCCUGAACAUCUGUUUCCUGUCGUCAGCGCUCAGAAGGAUAAAGUUUUCUACUUUUUUGAAUUUAUUUGCUGUUUUUGUCCUUUUGGAAAUGCGUCUUGAUUAAGUUCAUUUCAACUCUUUACUGUCCCAGCGAGGGAGAUUUGCUUUGCAGACAGGGUAUAGAAAUAAAAAACGCACAACAUCACGAGAUCAUCCUACUAACAGACGAUUGUUACGAUUUAAACGAGAUGAUUCAGUGAAAACAGCUGCUUUUUAGUGCCUCUUUUAUAUAUUUUAAAAUCAUUCAGAGCUUUUGUCAUUGAGCCAGUUUUGUUUUCAUUUUUCUUUUCCUUUAAUAUUUCUGUGUUGUUGUUUUCCUGUUUUAGGGGAGGAAAAUUAUAGACAGUGCCUUAAACUGACAGACUUUAAAGGGACGGUCUGUUCACACUUUAAAACAUUUCCAUCGGGAAUAUUCGCAGGAAGGUGUAAACUCAGAUUUGACGUACGACUGAAACCAAAGUUAAACCGGCCCUAACUUCACCCAGCCAGUAGUUGAGAUGUUUUUCUUGCACUGUUCCUUUUAAAGUGUUUGCCAAAGCAUAAUUCACAGAUCCUCCGUCUGACAGCACGAUAGGAGCUUCAGUACAAGAACCUGAAAGGCCAGGAUGUGUCUGUGAGAGUGGACGCUUUAUUCACAUUUUCCACAACUAAUUUCCGUCCUCUUCCUCUUUCCUGUUUCUGUCUUUGUAGUUAAUUUAUCGACGUUCCUGCUCGGACCGGGAGUGUUGACGACCGUCCGGCAGCGAAACGCAGAAGUAAAAACGGUUCAAGGCAGCUAAUGUAUAUUUUAAAUGAGGAGGAAAAAAUGAACACUUCAAUUUGAAAGUUUAAAAUAAAAAGGGGGUGAAAACUUCAAAAGCCUUUUAAUUGACCUGUUUUUGAUUGUUGGUUAUACUAAACAACACGAUUCAGCACUUAGAUGGAAGAGAAACGCCUCAAACUGCAAGAAGUGUGCGUCGCUUCAUCCAGUACUGAGCCAUGAGUCCAAGCGAGCCUUCGUGUCGCUCGUUAUCAGCACUUCUGUACUUUAAAAUAAGAAAUCUCCUAGAAUAAGUUGUUUUCAGAUGAUUUUUAGAAGCCGCAAAAGUCAAAAGUGGUGUCAGCAAACUUGAAUAUUUGACUUAAAUACCAAAAAGAAGUCAGUAAAGCCAUCUGUGAUGCUUUAUCCUCGAGGAUACCAAAGGGACGAGACACGAUGCAGAUCUACAGACCAGAACGAUUGUAGAUGUGUGGAAAUGUUUUGAUAUUCACAGACUACAACUAAGCUGCGUUCAUGUCAUAAGGAAGUUACCGUAAUUAACAGCUUCUUGUAAAUAGUGUUCAUCAGCAUCCUGGAAAAACUCAGGACGCUCUGGAAGUGUUACAUUAUCACAGCACAGUAUUUUUAACUUCCACACGACCAACUCAGUCUGCAAUCUCCUGCAAUGAAUUAGAGCUAAAACAAGUCUUUUUUUAAACCAAAAAUAAGUUAUAAAAUGUUAAAAACGUGCUGCUUUUGUUCGUCACAUCGUCGUUAACUGAUGAUAUUUGGGUUUCAGACUGUUGGUCAAACAGAACAAGACGUUUUCAAGACGCUGGGUAGUUACAAUGGUCAUUGUUUCACUAUUUUUUGACAAUUUAUCUAUUAAUUGUAAAAAAUAAUCAUCAGAUUUAUAAAAUAAUGGAUAAUGAAAAUAUUCCGUCUUUACCAGCUCUGUGUAAUAGCCACAACUGCAGUCUGUAUCACUUAUAUGUCCGAUAUAUCCGCACUGUAAAAACUGUUGAGACUGAUUGCAUCGAACAUUUUAAAUAAAACUCAAUUUUAUACGUUGAAAAACAUUAUUGAUCAAGUAUCUUUAAUCAUUUUAAGUGACGCUGACUCAUUUUUAUUUGUGCUGUGAAAACAAAACACCUGGUAAAAAGUCAUUAAUCAGGAAUGUUAACAAAACAAAGUUAGUGUCACUUUUCUAACUUAGAAAACGUAGUUUGUGUUAUUUAAAGUUCGAUAUAAUCCGUUCCAACAACUGCUUCGGGUUAAAAUAACUUAACUGCAUUAUAAUUUUCUGGUCUGGAGGUUGACAGACUGACUCUGUACAGUUCUGCGCACCAAUCGUCACACAGCAGCUAAAACCGUAUGCAAACAAAGAUCUGCACACGUAAUCUAUACUAACAGGAAGACUACGUUUUCUUGGUGCAUUGCAUUGUGAGAAAAUUGUGCCUCUUGUCUGUGUCUGGUUUGCGCGUGCUCACAGUGUAGAGUCAGUGUGUACGGGUCGUAUGGAUCUGGGACACGCCGUAUGACGUGAACGCUGCAUUCAGCAACCUGCCCCGCUCUCUUGGAGUUGUCGAAAGGCAUUCUGGGUAAUGUAGUGAACCACUAACUGCAGUAUAAAGUAAAGGAGGGUUGCUUGAAAGCUUACUGUGGAUGUGUUUGUGGACUUUUUGUUGGUGCUUUUAGUCGCUAAAACAAAACCACCAGGUGUGCCUUAAACAGCAGAUUUACCCAAAGUCAUCACAGAUGGUCGACUCAGUACAAAAGGAAGUGAUUGUUCGCACCUUUAUGCCUCUUCUCCUCUUCAAAAUCCAUCGAAAAUAUAAUAUAGAAAUAUAAAUAUAUUAUUGUUGCUCGCUUCUAGAUUAAAAUGUUAAAAAAAAAGCCUUGUACUUAUUAUACUUAUAUUUUUCAAACCCCAGGUGGCCGAGGCUCCAAAUUGCAGUAUCUUUGUGUAUCUGUAUAUAAAUAUAUAUAUUUGUCUCCUUAUUUUCCUUUUUUAAAAUAUGUAUUCUAUAUAAUGCAUUUUAAUGUUGUAUUGCCUUAACCUGACUCACGCCUGUCAUUUGUACAUUUUCUGCACAGCUUAAACAAAUGUAACCUCUUGUUAUGAUGUUUUCUUUUGUAACAUUUUGACUUAUUAUAAUUUGUGGAUUUGCCUUCAAUAUUUUGCCUCUCUCAGUGUAUGAGUGAAUCUUUUCAUGCUGACCAUAUUAAAGGUGAUCUGAUCACACAAA